AUGUCAGCCUUGACGGUGCGCGCCCGGCGGCAAAAAAUCUUCAAAGCCGUCUUUCAGACUGAUUCUUCGCAGCCCACGCCACUGCUGUCCUCCACGGAACCUGGCGAAGCGUUUGGCGGGCCUCCAGCAGCUACAGUCAAGGCGUCGCCGCGUCGCAGGCGUUCAGCAGUAAAUGAUGGCGGGAUUUCGGACCAAGUGAAAUGGGACAGAGCCUGGCAUCUGGUUACAUCGCGCAUUCAACUUCCCUCCUCCGUCGCCAUUGAAGACUCCUUUGGCACAUUGCCGCCACAGUCGCAGGACAGCGAUUCGGAUUUUUAUGAGGCGCUGCCCAUCGUGCUCGACCCGGCAGUCAAUGCGCCCGCUGCAGCUCACACCGAAGACAUACUGCUAUGGCACGCGCGACAAGUGCGGCAGCACUUUGUUCAUCAUGUCCUGCCGUUGCUCGCUGCUUGUGCCAGUCUUGCGGAUACCUCGCAAGUUGUCUCCAGCACAGUCAAUACUCUGGCGGCAGCCCACCGACAAUAUCUCAACGGCCUGCUGUUGGUCGUCAGAGGCAUCUCCAACGAAGCUGCCUCGGAGACAGCAACUAGCACCUUUAGGCGGGACUUGCACGCCGUCAUUGGCAACUCGUGGACGCAGGGUCUGAUUAAUGCUCUGAAUCCUGCACUCAAGCGAUUGCUGCGCACUGUUCUGAGAAUAGGUCAGCGCUUCGAUGGCAGGCAUACGUCGGAAGAACCCAACACUUCGAGUGCUCGAGAAGAAUUGCUGAGUUUACUAGAGUCCUUGCAGCGGGUGGGUCUCGCUGGCGACAAAUUUCAAGUGCUCUUUGCAGAGUUGAUGGAUAAUUGCAUGCAUGAAUUCAUCCAAACCGCCUAUGAUGGAGUUUGGGACUCAGCAGAAGUCAAAGACUCGAGUACGGGAUCUGUCAUGCCAGGGUGCAUGGCGCAUCUCUGCGACUGGGUAGAGAAUCACUAUGGCCGGCUGGCCGUGGAAGUUUUCAGCCGCCUGGGUGGCCAGGUGAAAUGGGCUGAUGUUGAGCAGUGGCGUGACAUUGCCAUAGGUCGGCUGGCAACACUUCGAAUACACGAGCUCUUUGACAUUGUACUGCACUGGCCAGAGACCAAGGGUGGCCUUGACGAUUUGGGAUACUCUGUUACCACGCCGCAACGACGCCUAGAGCUGACAGACACCUUCUCAGCAGCCCUGCAGCAGCGACUGCUGCACCCAGGCCGGUCUACACUGGAAAUCCUGCAGACGUAUAUUUCCAUGAUUCGAACCUUUCACGCGCUCGAUCACUCAAAAGUUUUGCUUGAUCGGGUAGUGCACGCCUUGCAGCUUUACCUUUGUCAAAGAGAUGAUGCGAUUCGAAUUGUGGUUACGGGCCUCCUCGCAAAUCCCAAAGGCGAUGACGAUAUUGAGGCCAAGACGAAGCUUGUAGAGCUAGCUGUCGUUAUAAACGAAGCAUCACAACAGCAGAGAACAGCUAUUGACGAGGAGGAUCUCGACUGGGACGAUAUGAAUUGGGUUCCAGACCCCGUCGAUGCAGGCGUCAACUACAAACGCCCAAAAAAUGAGGAUGUUGUCGGCACCCUGAUUAGUGCACUUGGCUCGCAAGACAUUUUCAUCAAAGAAUUUCAGCAUAUUAUCGCAGAGCGACUGUUAUCAAGGCAGCAUGGCUUUCAGCAAGAGAUUAAAGUUUUGGGGCUCUUGAAAAAGAGAUUUGGCCAACACGCGCUUCAAAACUGCGACGUCAUGGUCAAGGAUAUUCAAGAUUCCAGGCGCCUCGACACCGUGCUGCGACGUAACAUACGCAGUACGCAGAAUCCUGAAUCCCCAGCUCUAUCAUACCACUCCAAAAUAUUGUCGCGUCUCUUUUGGCCUAGCUUGACAAAGGAAACGUUCAAGGUUCCAGCGCCUGUUGCGGAAAUUCAAGCACAAUACGAAGCUGGUUUCGAGCAGCUCAAAUCCUCUCGAAAGCUUGGAUGGUUGGAUAACCUGGGCACAGCAACAGUGAAACUGGAGCUCGAUGACCGUACAGUUGAGGUUGACUGCAAAACCUGCGAAGCUGCCGUCAUUUUCGAAUUUCAAGGCGAAGGAGCACAGAGCGACACGGGCGCACAGCAGCGCACAUUCGAAGAGUUAUGGCAGAGCUUGAUGAUGGACGAGGAUGCCCUCGAAUCUGCACUACGGUUCUGGAUAGCGAAGAAGGUUCUCAAAGAGAUCGGCCGCCAGACAUAUGUGGUUGUAGAACGAUUGGACUCGGACGAAGCUGCAGGCGACACUCGCGACGAUGCAUCGGUUGAGGAAGGUCCAGAGGCUCCUGGCAGCACAUCACCAAAGAAGGCCAAAGCCCUGGAUCCAAGAGAAGUAGAACGACGUACCAUUUAUUGGCAAUUCAUCCUCGGUAUGCUCACGAAUUCAGCGCCAGCCAUGCCUCUAGGGCAAAUAGCCAUGAUGAUGAAGAUGCUCAUCGCGGACGGAUGCGAUUGGAGCAACGAAGAGCUGCAGGUGUUUCUCGAUGGAAAAAUCACGGCCGGAGAAUUAGAAUUGGCCGGUGGCAAAUAUCGGUUACCCAAAAAGUGA